GGGGGCAGAGUAGCCGGGGGCCCUGCGGUGGCGGCGAGGAGGAGGAGGAGGGCGAGGCGGGCUCUCCCUGAGGGGCGAGGAAGGCACCGGCCUUCUUCCUUCUCUGCGCCAUUCCUCCCGCAGCAGACAAGGAGGAGGAGGAGGAAGAAGAGAGAGCCGGGCCCUUGUCGCGUCAGCUGCCUCCUGCCCUUCCAUGCGGCCUACGGACGAGAAGAGAGCCUUUGCGCAGAUGGUUGGAUUUCAAAAUGGACAGUGAGAGAUAAGAGAGUCAAAGUCCCUGAAAUGCUCAGGAAAUAGAAUUAUCAGGAAUAUUCUGAACUCUAUUUCAAGAAUCUGUCUAAACAGAAACAAAAGCAAGUAAUGGAGAAAAAUGGGAACAACCGGAAACUUCGAGUUUGCGUUGCUACUUGUAACCGAGCUGAUUAUUCCAAACUGGCACCAAUUAUGUUUGGCAUUAAAGCUGAACCACAGUUCUUUGAGCUUGACGUGGUGGUUCUUGGAUCCCACCUGAUUGAUGACUAUGGUAACACUUACCGUAUGAUUGAGCAGGAUGACUUUGACAUCCAUACCAGGUUACAUACAAUAGUGAGAGGAGAAGACGAAGCAUCCAUGGUGGAGUCGGUUGGCCUUGCCUUGGUCAAACUGCCAGAUGUUCUCAAUCGCCUGAAGCCUGACAUAAUGAUAGUCCACGGAGACAGGUUUGAUGCCCUUGCACUGGCAACUUCUGCAGCCUUAAUGAACAUUCGAAUUCUGCACAUUGAAGGUGGAGAAGUCAGUGGGACCAUAGAUGACUCCAUUAGGCAUGCCAUAACCAAAUUGGCUCAUUACCAUGUGUGUUGCACAAGGAAUGCAGAGCAACAUUUGAUAUCUAUGUGUGAAGACCAUGAUCGGAUCCUACUGGCUGGCUGCCCUUCCUAUGACAAGUUGCUGUCUUCCAAAAAGAAAGACUACAUGAGCAUUAUCCGCAUGUGGUUAGGUGAAGGUGUAAAACCAAAGGAUUAUAUAGUAGCUUUACAACACCCAGUGACCACAGAUAUUAAACAUUCCAUAAAGAUGUUUGAAUUGACUUUAGAUGCUCUUAUAUCUUUUAAUAAGAUGACAUUGGUUUUAUUCCCAAAUAUUGAUGCAGGAAGCAAAGAAAUGGUUCGAGUAAUGAGGAAGAAAGGUGUUGAGCACCACCCAAAUUUCCGAGCAGUAAAGCAUGUUCCCUUUGACCAGUUCAUUCAGUUAGUGGCUCAUGCUGGAUGUGUGAUUGGGAACAGCAGUUGUGGUGUGCGAGAAGUUGGGGCUUUUGGUACCCCAGUCAUCAAUCUUGGAACACGGCAGAUAGGAAGAGAAACAGGUGAAAAUGUCCUUCAUGUUCGUGAUGCUGACACCCAGGACAAAAUACUUCAAGCCCUGCAUCUCCAGUUUGGAAAACAGUAUCCCUGUUCGAAAAUAUAUGGGGAUGGGAAUGCUGUUCCAAGAAUUUUGAAGUUCCUUAAAUCUAUUGACCUCCAAGAACCCCUUCAGAAGAAAUUCUGCUUCCCUCCUGUAAAAGAGAACAUCUCUCAAGAUAUUGAUCAUAUCCUAGAAACCCAGAGUGCAUUGGCGGUGGAUCUAGGAGGAACAAACCUCCGAGUAGCAAUUGUUAGCAUGAAGGGUGAAAUUGUUAAGAAAGAUACUCAGCUGAAUCCCAGAACCUAUCAGGAAAGAAUAGAAGUGAUCCUUAAGAUGUGUAUAGAAGCUGCAUCAGAAGCAGUAAAUCUGAACUGCAGAAUUCUGGGUGUGGGCAUUUCUACAGGUGGGCGAGUAAAUCCUCGAGAAGGUGUUGUUCUCCAUUCCACAAAACUUAUUCAAGAAUGGAGUUCUGUUGACUUACGGACUCCCAUAUCAGAUGCUCUGCACUUGCCAGUGUGGGUUGACAAUGAUGGCAACUGUGCAGCUCUUGCAGAGAGAAAAUUUGGACAUGGAAAAGGAAUAGAAAACUUUGUAACGCUCAUCACUGGGACAGGUAUUGGUGGUGGAAUCAUUCAUCAAAAUGAAUUAAUUCAUGGGAGCUCUUUUUGCGCUGCUGAACUUGGGCACAUUAUGGUCGCUCUCGACGGACCAGAAUGCCUCUGUGGGAGCCAUGGAUGUUUAGAAGCCUAUGCUUCUGGAAUAGCCUUGCAAAGAGAAGCUAAAAAAUUACAUGAUGAGGAUUCAUUGUUAGUUGGAGGGAUGUCUGUAAAGAAGGAAGAGGUAGUAACUGCUGUACAUCUGAUCCAAGCAGCUAAACUGGGAAAUCCUAAAGCUGAACAUAUUAUCAGAACAGCUGGACAAGCACUGGGCCUUGGAGUGGUGAAUAUUAUGCACACCAUUAACCCCUCCCUUGUCAUACUUUCUGGCAUCUUGGCAAGCCAUUAUAUCGACGUUGUGAAAGAAGUGAUCCAACAGCGGGCCUUGUUUUCUGCACAGACAGUGGAUGUGGUUGUCUCAGACCUGGUAGAUCCUGCCCUGCUUGGAGCUGCUAGCAUGGUUCUGGAUUAUACAACACGCAGGAUAUACUAAAUACAGAACAAGAAGUAGAAACAGAAUGCAGCCGUUUAUCGUUGCUCUUUGCUAAAAGAUUUCUUACUGGUACCAGUUCUCUCUUUUAGACAGCUUAGGAAGUAAUGGAAAAUGGUUUUGUCCCCAAAUAUUCCUUUUUAUGUGCAUUUCCAUUUGUAAGAUCAAAGGAUACUGGAAAGGUACUUCGCAGAUAAAAUCCUCUUACAAACUUUUAGGAAAGUAAAACAUUUCAGAGGGUGCCUAAAGAUUGUAGAGGUUUAAAUUUGCAUACUUUGUCUUGGUUGUGGUUUUUCCAGAUGAGUUAGCCAGUACAUACUUACUUCAAUAGCCGAACAUUGGACUAGUCAUUAAAAAGGAAAAUACAUUUUCCUUACAGAUGUGUAUCUAACUGUGUUUGUCUCGAGAGUGAAACGGGAAACCACGUUCUGUUUGAUGAAACUACAACCAUAUCGUUCUAGAAUAUGCAGUGAUCAUUUAUGUAUUUAUUUGCUAAAUUAAUAUUAAUAAUCCUUAUUGAGAAAAUUGGUCAACUGAUGUAUGGUACACUUAUAAGAAACAUGAGAACUUACAUAGAGAUAAAUGAUGAAAGUGUGCCAAAAUAUUAAUUUUGUCUCAAGUUGCUUAUGGUGGUAUCAUUUUUUAAAAAUGCAACCUAUUUAAUUCAUAUCCUUUUUAAAGAAAAAAAUCUUUUUAUUUAUUAUUUUCCAAAGAUGAUGUAAAAAAAAUAAUACAGUAUCGCAUGUAAAAUUCAGAACCUCAUUAACUCACACAAUAUUCCAUAAAUCAGAAUCUUCUGUUAUUACUUUCUAUUCUCUCAUUCUUUAUCAUAUGUAUUUCUUUAAUAUUAUAUUAAAGAGUCUCUGGUCUUUUUAA